AAACUGAAAAGGCCCAAUUGUCGAGUUCAUCUUAACCCGGGCACCCAGCCCACUCACCGUCCGGCCUCCCACACCGCAAGCGGGAGCGAUGGAGGAAGCGAAGGCGGCGGCGUACUACGACGAGCUCAACCGCAAGGGCGAGGGCGCCCGCCGCUUCAAGCAGGGGCUCGGCUUCUCCUCCUCCGAUGCGGCCUCCUUCCCCUCCAAGCCCGCCGCCUCCUCCUCCUUCCUGUCCGGCUUCGUCCGCGCUGGCGCCGCCCCCGCCCCCGCCCAAGCCCAACCACCUAAUCUCGCGAAACCGCCGCCGCCGCCUCCCGAGCGACCGUCCAGCACACGCCACCGCUCCCGCUCGCCGCCUCCGUCGCGUCCCAGGACCCGGUCAAGGUCCAGGUCCCCGUCUCGCUCGAGCCGGCGCCGAUCGAGGUCGAGGUCCCGGUCGAGGGAGCGAAGACGCCGGUCCAGGUCUAGGGAGAGGGACCGCAGGGCGUCCCGGAGGCGCUCUAGGUCGCGGUCGAGGUCUCCUUCCCGACGGAGUGGCAGGAGCUCACACUCGCAAGGCCGGCGGGAUCGGCGGCACGACGACGGCCGUGAGAACUCGAAGGGCCGCGGUGGUAGGGACGGCGGUAAAGUGGACUACCCGCGGCUCAUUGAAGGAUAUGAUAGAAUGACUCCAGCUGAGAGAGUUAAAGCAAAGAUGAAGCUUCAGCUCUCUGAGACAUCUGCAAAAGAUUCCACUCUCGGAACUGCAACUGUGCGGUGGGAAAGAUUUGAAUUUAAUAAGGAUGCUCCACUUGAUGAAGAUAACGAUGAUGUUGAAGUUGCUAAUGAUGAUGCUUCACUGGUGAAGAAUAUUGGGAAGAGCUUCCGGCUUUCUGCUGUGGAGUCAAAGCAUGAAGAUAGAGUCAGGGACGCGCAUGAGGAAGCUAUAUUUGGAGUACCUACAACUUCGUAUGUUCAUACUGAAGCUGCUGAGGAUGAGCCUAAAGCCAAUGAUGAGGAGGAGAAAGCUGAAGAUAUAGAAGCUCAACCCAGCAGCUCCCUCAUUAGCGACAAAGUUCUGGCAAUGCAAAAGGGUUCCUGGAGAGAAUGGGCUCAGAAGUUGCGGCAGGAUUCUAAUACAUGAAAUUUUAUCGUUGAUGGCCUGCUCAAGUUCGACUUUGCUCGUGUGCAGCAGAUUCUGAAGAAUUGAAGCUGAGACUUUGUACCCGAAUUUUGAACUCACCCCCGCACAUUGUAUGUAUCUCCUGUGUAACGCACUAGCAGUCGAUUGUAUUCAGUGGUCCCUCCCCUUAGAUAAGAUUCACGCCUGUUUUUUAAUCUCAAGUCAACGCGUUGACCACACUCUGGAUAGGUCAUAGGUGCAACCUGUGGCAAUUACGACGUUAACCAAAAAGAACGUGUUUUUCGCUGCCUUCA